AGUCACGUGACACGAGGUUGUAGGUCGGGUCUAUACUGUCAUGGGAACUAGCCACUACCUUUCCAAAACAGUGUUUCCUUCUCGUUUCGGUACCUUGCUUCAUUAUUCUGGUUGGGUCGCGUUAUAAUUUCGCAAUAUUGUUCAGCAAAUCACAUGCAGUACAUUUAUAUAGUUGCUCAUUCAUUCAUUCUGCCCGAUUGAAACCUGCUACUCCAUACAGGCUUCAGGGAUUCCUUCUUGAGUGCAGUUUUGAAGUGCAGUGAUUUACUCUGUAGUACCGGCAAAGUGUACAACGAUCGAUAAAACAGAGAUAAUGGAGGCUGAUUUACAAAAAAGAAAAGAGAAUAAAAAAUCUUUGCGAGUGAAGGUUAUAAGUAUGGGGGACGCUGAAGUGGGCAAGAGCUGCAUCAUUAAACGGUAUUGUGAAAAGAGAUUUGUCCCCAAAUACUUGGCAACAAUAGGAAUUGACUAUGGGGUCACCAAAGUUCAAGUUCGGGAUCGGGAGAUUAAAGUAAACAUCUUUGACAUGGCAGGACAUCCAUUCUUCUAUGAGGUGCGGAAUGAGUUUUACAAGGACACCCAGGGUGUCAUUUUAGUAUAUGAUGUCAGUCAAAAGGAGUCAUUUGAAUCUCUGGAUGCUUGGUUGACUGAGAUGAAGCAGGAAAUAGGGCCUCAUGGCAGCCUGGACACCUCUGUUUUUGCAGUUUGUGCCAAUAAGAUUGAUUGUGGGAAACGUCGAAUUGUGGAUGAGAGCGAAGGUCGACUUUGGGCAGAAAGUAAAGGGUUCUACUACUUUGAAACUUCUGCACAAUCAGGAGAGGGUAUCAAUGAAAUGUUCCAGGCUUUUUUCAGUGCCAUUGCUGACAUGUGUGAAAAUGGUGGGAAACGUCCUGCAACAGCUGUCAAUGUUGGUUUUACCAAAGAGCAGGCAGAUGCCAUCAGAAGAAUACGCAACAGCAAGGACAGUUGGGACAUGCUGGGAGUAAAACCUGGAGUUACAAGGGAUGAGGUCAAUAAGGCUUACCGGAAACUAGCUGUGCUUCUUCACCCAGAUAAAUGUGUUGCUCCUGGCAGUGAAGAUGCCUUUAAAGCUGUUGUGAAUGCAAGAACAAUGCUCCUAAAAAAUAUCAAGUAGAAAUGGGUGAGGCUGACCUUUGGGAUGUACAACAUAAGCAGAGAUCAAGUGGGAGAUGAACUUAACAGCUAUCCUGAUGGCAUCUGGAAGCAACACAGGAGAGUCUAUGCCUGGAUGUAUUGAUCGUUAUGUUCUCAAUACAUCAUUGUCUUGCAGAAGACAAAGUUUGAGAUAGCUUAUAAAUUUCUUCAGAUGCUGAAAUGUACAGUUUUCAGCACAAGCUGCUGAACAUGGAGGAAAGCUGUUCCUAAAUCAUCCUAAUGUGUUUUGAUCAAUCAAGAUAGUUAAGAGCUACCAGAAACCUGAUGUUUGUGGAGGAAUUGGCCCCAGUCUUGUUUAUUCAUGUCUUCCACGUGUUUGAGUGUAUGGAGCUUCACCCAUAACUCAGCAGUAUAUAGCUCUGACCAACUGGAAUAUUUCCUGUCUGCACCUGCCGGAAUAAAUAAAAAGGCUAAUUGUGCUAACAGAAUUUCUGUCUGUGAACAUGGAAGAAAAAGCCACGUCUGAGCAAUGUGGAUCUCAGCUGCAUUUCAUUUGGUCAUGCAGACCCUUUACUAUUUUCUGACACCUUGGGAACUUGGACAUUAAUCAGAUAAACAUGAUCUUCCUCUAAAUAAAUAAGAUUGCAAGCCUUGAUCAGCAUCUAAGCAAGCAACCCCAUUUUCUGCACUUCAGCAGCAAAACUCUGUACAAUAGUCUAAGUGGAAAAAUACUGUUUUUUUAUGCACACAAUUUCAACCCUUGCACUUUGUGUAGAAAAGAACUCAGAAUGCAAUUUAUUGUAAAUGAGAACUGACCAUUUAUGAGCAGAUCAUGAGAGGCAUUUUGGUCCUUUUUUUGAGCAUGCAUGUGUGUGUGAAUUUAGAAAGCACUGUACCAUCAGUAUACCACUAAGAAUGUACUUUAUGUACACUGAGAAUUUUCACUGCGGUCUGAGCAAGCCUUCCUCUUCAUAUCCGGCCACAUUUCACUUGUGGGACCUAUAUACUAAUUAAGUGCAUUUCUUUCUAUGCCUUAGCAAGCAUGGUCACCCAAGUAUGUAAAAGCACUGUAUCCAACUGUAUUCUUUAGAUGUUUACCUGGCACUCCUACUCAAGCAAGCAAAAGCCUCCUCCCCACACCAGUGCAUGUAAGACAUUGUCUUUCUCUGUAUGUUUCACAUUACAGAAAAAGCCUACCCAUUGCACUGUAUAUUUCUUAUGCUUCAUUGUAUUAUUCAAAUGGACUGCUUUGUAUUUCUUUCAUUCCACUCUUAGUGUUAUCCUUUGGGCUGUGGUAUGUUCUCAGUGAAGAUAUUUACAAUUGUAUUGACUUGCUGGUCUCACGUUUUGUACCACUUUUACGAAUUGUUAGUAGCCAAGUACUAUUUCUUCACAUAACUUGAUCCCCUUGGAUGCCAGAUUUCAUAGUGUUGAGUACUACCUGCCAGUUUUUAGACAGAGGUGCUUUGUCAAAAGCUAUUUUUUUUACCAAAAUGUGAAAUGGCCUGCUCUGUGUUUUUUUUUUUCUCAAGAGUGAUGACACCUCUUACACAUUUAAAGUCAACCUUUGGCUCCAGCUGCAGUAUAUAGCUGUUUUUGUGGCAUAUCCUGAUAAGCUACCUCAGUUAAUAAUAUUUUGAGUCUUGCACACUGUUGUGCAGUGGUAUUUAUUUAAUUUUGUUUUAUUUUUUGCUGAUCUUGCUGUAACUGGGUCCACUGCAUUUCUUUCCUUCUGUUAUGUGUGCUAUUGUUAUGUACUCACUGUUAUACUAGCUUUUGUACUUGUGUUUUUUUUUUUUUUUAACUCAAGUAUGCUACUACUGUAACAGGUUGGGAAUGAAAUUGGGCCUUAUAGAGCCAAUCAGUUGUUUUCCUGCUCAUUAGUCCUGCCUUAACUCCAUAUCUUUGCUACUUAACAACAACCUUUUACACUUACAGGUACUACAUUUGAACACUUAAUUAUUGCUUUCCCUCACAGACACUGUGUAAGCCAAACAGUUAUUGUGCAUUUAUGUUACUGAUGUAACAGGAAUACUUCUUUUGUAUUUCCAUUGACAACAUGACAUAAAUAUUGUUAUAUGAUAUUAUAUACCAAUAAAAACAUUUACAUUACCAAUGUCAUGAGAAUACAUAAUUUGUAUAUCCUUCAGCAACAGUGUCUGAAUUAUUAAAAGGUAACAAUAGUAAAUAUUAAAAUAAAAUUAAGCACCAUUAUAAUUAGAGUACCAAAGUUGCUAUUAGUAACUAUACUGCACCCGUGUAAGUAACACAUACUGAAAUGAUAAGGUGUAACCACCCCCUUAACUUCCACAUAGGUGCACAGAAUGUUGUUUUUCAUACAUCCAUGCUGGAAAGUUACAUUUCAUGCCUCUUAGUGCACCUUAUAAAGGCAUAUGAACAUGUAUUUUCUGUUUUACAACUGAAACUUUUGAUAGCAGGUUGAGAGGGUUGAACAUUCUAUAGGUUCAGAAGUAAAUGUUAGGCUAUUGGUGUACAGACUAUUACAAGCUUAGCCAAUAACCAGAGAUCGGAAUCAAAUGCUGUAUUUUUGUCUUCAUGAGGUAAACACUUUAACCAUUAUGCCAAACCCUAUCUUAUGUUUACUUUAUUUUAAUAACGUAUUCAUCCCAACAGGAUUUUUUUUAUCAAAGUGGGUGGAAUGGGAGUUAGUAGCCCCAAUACUUUUGUUUAGGCAUUGAUUAGAAUGGUAACACAGCAUUUGUGCAGUAUGAACAAGGUAUACAUUACUAAAAAUCUGUCUUUAAUCCAAGUGAAACAGCAGCCUAUCAUGUUUCAGUUGCAUUGCUUACAUUUAAUGUACUGUGAUGAUUGAUACCACCUUUAAUUGUGUAUUUGUGGUAGAAAUGUGGACUGCAUGUAUUCAUUUACGUUUCAUGUUUUAAAGAUGAGGUUCAGUUAACCUAC